AUGGGUGCGGCAACUUUUCUAGAUUUCAUGCAGAGCUUUAUUUUGGAAACCCUUUUGAAUAUAGCUUUGAGGAUUUACAUUGAUCCAGGAAUAGAUGCUGCUUUGGAGAAGUAUGAAUGGGCAUUGCGGGUCUACAAAAGAUAUCGUGCGCAGCAGGAAAUUUUGCGAGAUGAAGAGGGUGCGGAUGACGAUUUAGAUAUGGCCUUAUGGGAAGAUGAAGAAGAUGAGGAAACCAAGUCCCCAGUAGAAGAUAUUAUCAGUUCGUAUGCAUCCUAUUCGGCAGAAUCCAUCGGAACACUAUUUGCUCCCCUUACAAUUCUGUUCGUGCAGUGGACGGAACCUAACAUCGGAAUGGGUGCAGCAUACGGAAUCAAGAGAACACAAUUUGUGUACUUCUGGGUGUUCGGAUUUGUGAUGAUACCGUUUCUGUUGGUGAAGGACCUCUUCUUACAUAACGUCACAGAGCUUCAUCAUGGAUGGAAGGUAUAUGAUUACAUGAAAUAUUGUAAACACAGAUAUUCAAAACGAAUGUUCCGUUGGAAAGCGUACUAUUUCGUUUUAUCUCUGGCUACGAUAGGCAUUGGAUUGCUGAUCAUGUCUCUUGAAGCUUUGAUUCGACAGACGGAUCGCAUUACUUCAGCGAGUCCCUACAAUCCAUUCCAAGAUAAGAUGCUUCCAUUUGUCAUAGUAAUUAUGUUCGCUCUCUGCAAGUGGCUACACUGGCUGAGUAUAUACCUCGGUCACAGGAUUCUUUGGCGUCAUAAACCUGUCAAAGCAGAUGUAGACGAAGCAGGAAUCCUUCUUGAUGGAGAAAAGAAUGAACUGAACCUUCCAGACUGGGGCGGCCAGCCAUUUGGAACUGGUGGAGGAGGAAUGGGAGGCAUAGACAUCACAAGCGACUCUUUCCGUCACCGCUUCUUUGAGGCUAACAAGCCUUGGAUUAUACAGCAACUCCGCCAGACCAUGUCACCGCGUGCCCAGUUGGAAGCUCUCAUGAAGGGAGAGGCUCAGCCUGAAGACACCUUUGGGGUCCGACAAGAUAUCAGCGACGAUGAGGGAACAGAGUCCGAUUCUGAUCUCGAAGACAAGAUUGAGCUCGAUGCCGCAGCUAAGCAUGAACUGACGAAAGGCUGA